CCGGCCUCCUCUUGCUUCGAUGGCCAUCCGACCAUCUAUCAGUGCCGUCCUCAUCGACAUAUCAGGCACACUUCACAUUGGACCCAACCCAACUCCAGGUGCAGUAGAUGCUUUUCGUCGCCUCCGCAAGUCAGGGAUCGCUUUCCGGCUUUGCAGCAACACCAGCAAGGAGUCCACGGAGGACGUGACGACGCGUCUUGAGAAGCUCGGAUUCGAUGUGCGGCGGAGUGCAGCGGGUUCUGUGUCUCGAGAGGUCUGGACCAGUAUCGGCGCCGUCAAGAGCACCAUGCAGCGCCUGAACGUGGAUAGGCAGACCAUUCAUGAUCCUCUCCGACUCCGCGCGGCGCGAGAUAACAGCCGCAGGGAGUGACGAUGACUCCGAUGGGGCGGCUGUGCCGUACGACUCGGUCGUGAUCGGACUCUGCCCCGCGCGGCUCGACUACGCGCACCUCAACACGGCCUUCCGCAUCCUGGCGCGCGAGCAUCCCGUGCUCUCGGAAAAGGCGCCGGUCCUCAUCGCGGCGCACGCCGGGCGGUACCUCGAAUCGCACGCGGGCGGCGGCGGCCUCGCGCUGGGGCCUGGUCCGUUCGUCGCGGCCCUCGAGCAUGCUGCGGGGCCCGGGACGAAAGCUACCGUCGUAGGGAAGCCGUCUCGCGCGUUCUUUGAGACGGUGAUCAGUGACAUGUGUCUGGAGCCGGGUAGUGGGCGCAUCGCCAUUAUCGGAGAUGAUGUCGAGGCUGAUCUGGGUGCGGGGGCGAUUGAGCUGGGGUUGUGGCGUGUGCUCGUCAGGACAGGAAAGUACCGACCCGGGGAUGAGGCUCGGACGAUCAGCCCACCGGAUGAAGUCGUCGACUCAUUUGCCGACUUCAUCAAAAGCAUCUUGCAUUCUUCUUCGUAGGCCUUUGCAGCACGAACAGCUCUGCCGCUCCUCAAAUGCUCCCGCCUUCGACAUGGGCGACUGAUAGAAUUAGAUGGGCAAUCGCGAUCACGUGAUGACUUUGGACCGCAAUUGAUAUUCGCAGGAUCAAUUGUGGGUUAACAUAGAGGAUUAUUAGCGUCUUGAUAGAUCGAUUAUUGGAUAUUGGUCCUUGAGCUCAAGCAGAGCAUUAGAGUUUGCAGAAAGAUUAGAUCGCAACUUCUCUUACUUUUAGAUGGUGUCCUUCUUGCUGCCUGCAGAGAACGAGGGACAGCACGCGCUCCGUUUGUGGAGAAUGCGUGGUGGACGCGCCCACCCGACAUCCUCAGAUCUGAACAGAGAAUACCGGUGUUGAUUUCCCUCGUUUUUGCCAAUUACCAGGCUAGGAGAAUUGACGGAAACCCUGUUGACUU